UUGUUAUGUUUAAUUUUUCAGUAAGUCUCAAAAUGUAUAUUAUAGUAAAAAUAAUUUCUACUCUAAGCCUGUUGGGCUUAUUUACUGUAUUCGGACAACUGGUGACUGAUAACCAAAGUGGCAUUCCAGCGUCAUUACCAUCGCCAAAGGAACAAGGUAUUGGAAAAGAUGACUUAGUUAACGCCGUUAAUAGCCUCGGUUACAAAAUUGUCCAACAAAUGAUAUCUGAAAGCAGUGAUAAAAAUGUUAUCAUAUCCCCAGCAGGAAUUGCAGGGUUACUAGCGAUGACACUCUUGGGUACUGUCGGAAAGUCAUACGAUGAGCUGGCCGAGAUACUCGGGUUUUCUCAAGAUUUAAAGAUCAAUCGAGUCAAUCACGAACAAUUCGGGGACCUAUUAAAGAGUUUAAAUUCGAACGGAACUUCAAGUAAGACGAUGUACGCUGACGCUAUCUUUGUGGACAGUUCAUCUCCACUUCGAGAAGCUUAUCGAACUUAUUUACACGAGGUAUACAAUGGAGAAGCGAGAUCAGUUAACUUCGCCGACGAAGAUGUUAAGACUAAAAUAAAUGAAUGGGUGAGUGAAAACACUGGCGGAAAAAUACCGGAUUUUUUAAAAGAUCCUCUUCCACGCAAUUCCAAAGCGGUCUUAUUGAGUGCCUUGUACUUUAGUGGUCAAUGGAAAUAUCCCUUUUUUCCAGAAUACACACUGAAAUUACCAUUCAAGAAGACUAAUGAACAAGUAAUGGCAGACUUGAUGAUGAAUGCGGGGCAAUUCGAUCAAAUUUAUUCUGUUAAAGAUGAUAUUCACCUGAUAGCGAUUCCUUAUAAUGACACCACAACUUUAUAUGCUCUAAAACCUCGAAGAAACCAAUUUACUAGUCUAACAAAAGUUAUGAACAACUUAAAUUAUACACGGAUUUCGGAACUAAUAGAUAAGUUGGAAAGUAAAAAAACUAUCAUAAGAUUUCCAAAAAUGGACUUAAAAUUCAGAACUAGUUUGCAAGAACCCCUCCAAGCUUUAGGAGUUCAAUCUAUUUUUACACCACAAAUAGCGAACUUCGCUCUAAUGAUAGAUGUUGAUAAUAAUCUUAACAAAACAGAAAAUGAAACAAUAACAAGUGCAAAAAAAUUAGAGCCAAGCAUUAGAGAUGUAAUCGAUAAUCUCCCGAACCCUGGUAUUCAUGUGGAUUCAAUCAUACACGAUGUUAGGAUAAAGAUAGACGAGUAUGGAACUGAAGCAGUUGCUGCAACCAGCGGAAUACUAGCUAGAUCAGCAGAAUUGUUUUAUGCAGAUUCACCAUUUUACAUGUUCAUAAGAAAUGAAGUGACUAAACUUGUUACAUUUAGUGCUGUUAUAUUUGAUCCCACUACAUAGAAUUCUAAGUCUUUAUAACAUAUAAAUAAAUUAAUGUACACUUUUGUUAUGUGAAUGACUAAUAUUAUUUUAUAACUAAA